AUGAGUCAUCCCUUCGAGGUCACCGGCAUCGAUUUUGCGGGACCAGUAAUGUUGAAGCGAAGGAGGAACUACCACAAGAGCUAUUUUGUCCUCUUCACUUGUGCCGUCACAAGGGCUGUGCACCUAGAGCUGUGCGAGGACAUGUCGGCGAUCAAGUUCUUGCAAGCCUUCCGAAGAUUUACAGCUCGUAGGGGAAUCUGCCAAACCAUCUACUCGGACAAUGCCUUGACGUUCAAAAAGGUCGCAAGAGAAAUUCGGGACAUACAGAGGAUCUUAACGGACCCACUGGUGCAGGACUAUUCUUCACCAUUGAGGAAAACCCUGUCCAGGAACGUCGUAGACUUCAUCGAAAUGCAAACUAUGCUGGCUGAGGUGGAGGCGAUGAUGAACUCAAGACCUAUAACCUUUGUUUACAACAAAAACUCCGAGCCGACACCUCUCACUCCAGCAACCAUGAUAAUGGAAAGACGUGUACUCGCACCACCAUCGACGGAAUCCACCACAUCGCGGAACACAAUCCAUGACCCAUCGUCCACCGAGAUAAGGGAGACAUGGAGAAGACAGCAGCACUACGUCAAUGCAGUAUGGAAUAGGCGGCAGCAAGAAUACCUCUCGGAACUACGUUCUGCAUACCACUCCAAAGGGACACACGACUGCGACGUACGAACCGGAGAUGUAGUUCUCGUCAAAGAGCCCAACUGUCACAGGCUUCAAUGGAAAACGGCCCUCGUUGAUAAAGUUUUCACAGGUUCAGAUAUACGAGUUAGGGUAUGUCUGAUCAGAACUCCUGGUAGAACGACACUCAGGAGACCCGUCCAGCACGUCUACAAGCUCGAGUCACAAGAAAAAUAG